AUGAAGUCGGCUGGGGUGGUGGAAGGAGGACUGUUCACAGAGAGUUACUGCAACAUCUGUAACGCCCAACUCAUCUCUGAGUCGCAACGCACAGCACACUAUGAGAGUAAGAAACAUGCCAAUAAGGUCCGUCUCUUCUACAUGUUACACCCAGAAGACGGAGGCCCACCUUCCAAGAGACUGAGACCAGACAACCCCGACAGUGCAGAGACAGAGGUGGACAGCAAUAAGUGCUGUACUUUAUGUAAUAUGUUCUUCACGUCGGCCAUUGUGGCCCAGUCUCACUACCAGGGCAAGACACAUGCCAAGAGAGUACGACUGGUACUGGGAGAAACACCCAGCUUACCUACUGCUACCAACAGCCCUACCACCACAGGUCUCCGCAGCAGAUACUCCUGCAGUGUAUGUAGUGUUGUGUUGAACUCCAUUGAACAGUACCACGCACACCUCCAGGGCUCCAAGCACCAGAACAAGUAA